AUGUCAAACUUUCUCUUUAAUACAUCUUCCAUGUCAAUCUUUCCCUUUCAUAUAUAUACCAAGUCAAUCUUUCCCUUUAAUACAUCUUCCAUGUCAAUCUUUCCCUUUAAUAUAUCUUCCAUGUCAAUCUUUCCCUUUAAUAUAUCUUCCAUGUCAAUCUUUCUCUUUAAUAUAUCUUCCAUGUCAAUCUUUCCCUUUAAUAUAUCUUCAAUGUCAAUCUUUCCCUUUAAUACAUCUUCCAUGUCAAUCUUUCUCUUUAAUAUAUCUUCCAUGUCAAUCUUUCCCUUUAAUAUAUCUUCCAUGUCAAUCUUUCCCUUUCAUAUAUAUACCAAGUCAAUCUUUCCCUUUAAUACAUUUUCCAUUUCAAACUUUCCCUUUAAUACAUUUUCCAUGUCAAACUUUCUCUUUAAUACAUCUUCCAUUUCAAACUGUCCCUUUAAUAUAUCUUCCAAGUCAGACUUUCCCUUUAACAUUUAUAAUGAAAUAUAG